GUGUACUGGGAGAACGGAGCUCAGAUUGUGUCUCCUCACGACAAAGGUAUCGCUAAGACCAUAGAGGAGAACCUGGAGCCCUGGCCUGAGUCCUGGAGCACAGAGGAGGCCCUGAAGAGCCCGUUGCUCAAAGAUCCGUACCAGGACAUCCAUACACAAUACUUCAAAGCCAUCCAGAAACACUGUCAUCACAGGAGCAUAAACAAGAGUUCAGAAGUGAAAAUUGUGCACACAUCUGUGCACGGUGUUGGUCACACAUUUGUCCAAUCAGCUUUCAAGGCCUUUGACCUUCACCCUCCGUACGCUGUAGAGGAACAGAAAGAUCCAGAUCCUGAAUUCCCCACGGUCAAAUAUCCAAAUCCUGAGGAAGGAGAGGGAGUCCUGGUAUGUUCUAAACACAAUUCACACACAACAAAACACAAU